AUGGCGGCAAGGGUAGCUGAUGAGGGGCGAGGCCUGUUGGCUAAGCUGCCGACUGAGCUCCUCUUCGGCAUCUACGACGAACUCGAACCCUCUGACCAUUUUGCGCUUGCCACGGCAUGUAAGCUCAUCUACGCUCGAUCAAAGCCCAUCCUUGAGAUCCACCAGAAUGCUCAUCGAGACAACCGCGUCAUCUCCGAUUGCUCACUUGAGCUUCUCGUACGCGUGUAUCGCAGCGCCCAGGCCUCUGUUGGUCCUAAAGCCAUCGAGGCAUGGCACGUCAGGAAAUUCGAAAUAUGGGGAUCUAGAGUGACAUGGGACGAGUGGAAAAGCUGGGAGAUUGGUACUGACGGAACUCUCUCCCUUGCCGCCCACGAAGAUCCGUUACCCUCACCAUUCAGCCCCCACGAAGUGGCUGACCAUGUCAAGGAGAUGCAACUUAUGUUUCAUCCCUGCCACGAUCAUGAGCUCAUCGCAGAAGCCUUCAAAGAUGGAGAAGACGGCUACUUAAAGGCGAUGAUAGUUUCCAUGUUACCGCGACUAAAUAACCUUGUAUUCGUUAACCCUGAUGUUCCAAAUGAUACCCUGAAUUGGUUAGGGCAAAUGAUCGAAUGGAGCUUGCGUGACGUUUUCCCUUGGCCCCCUGGAUUGAACUCCCUUCGCAAGGUGUCUGUUGGAGUCCCCGUUCUCGAUCGUCCCGAGCUUGAAGCUACGUCAGACUCCACGAGCCUCUGUGCUCUGCUUCGACUUCCCUCCAUUGAGGAGAUCUACUACCGGAAUUUAGAUACAGGUGGCCUGGAAUCCGACGGGGGGUGGCUACUUCCCCUUGAAACCUCGACCGUCAGAACCCUAGUUCUUGACAGAAUCAGAGAAGACAAUGUCAACCUCCGAAGAGCACUGGUGCAGACGUCGAUUGGCCUGGAUACAAUAGUCAUCCGUGCACAGGGCGGGGAGCAAUUGUUCUCAGUGGAUACAUUCAUCGAAAAGCUCAACUCUUCGGUUUCCCAACGGUCUCUUCGCCAGCUCCUCCUUUAUCAACCAGAUUGCAUGUUCGGCGACAGCUGUCGUAAUUACGAGCCGAGUAGUCUGUCAUCAUUGCGAAACAUCCGCAUGGUACAACUUUGUGUGGAGGACAUUUUGAUAGAUUGCUUCUUCUGGCUCUACGGCGGUUCUCGUAAUGAUCCCGAGAUGAACGAAUUUUUCAAUCAAGAGCCCAUCGGUCAUGAUGACGACGAGAGCAUUCUCCUUGCCACACCCCCACUACCCGACAUGCCAGAGGUGCACGGGGAGACGACAGACGACAACUCCGCCGACGAAGCUGUAAACCAUGACGACGUUGUAACUCACUUUCCUAUGUGCUUACCACCAACUCUCGAAGUUUUACUUCUUUGGGGAUCGGAGGAUGAGGCCUGGUAUCACCGAGGGGAUUACGAGGAAAAUGAGGCUUUAGACGAUGCCAUUGUGGCGCUAAUCAAUUCGCGGUCAUUCCCAAACCUGAAGGCCAUCUACCUCGAACAAGUCGAGAAGCAGGCCUCGAUGCCCAGAACCAAAAUAUCUUUUCAAAAGACAAUGACAGCUGCAAAGGGGCGGGGUGUUUAUGUCCGUACAUUGUCAAACCAGCACGAACCGAUUCCUGAGCUUGGUUUCCCCAAAAUACCAGACAAGUAUGAUCUCGAGACCGGACCGUUUCCAGCCAGGGACCCGGCCUGGAUUUUUGAUCCCUUUACAGGGUCUUGGGCAGCCCCAGGGUGCGGCGGUUGUGGGGGUUGUGAGACAUGUUUACGAUAUUACACGAAAGAGGCAUGGGAAGAGUUUAGGCGUCAGAACUGA